AUGCAAAAGCUCAGAUCCGCACAUCGCUCGGAGUCGACUCACGCACCGACAGCUCAGGGGAAAGUUCUCCGAACUAUUCGCAGCUGGCCCCGCUGGAAUCGGGUCGAGUGCCGCGCCCCUCUGAUCGCCUUUUCAGCAUUGAAUCGCGUCACAAACGCGAACGAGCCCGCCGCGGGCCUAGAACCGAGCUACGUUAAUCUGCGGCAACCCUUUCAGCGUAACUGGAGCUUAAACCGCCACGAAAACACU